AUGUCGUUGCCUACGUUCCAUUUCCUGGACCCUCUCAACCAAAUCUCCGGUCCAGAAGCUGACAGCCUACUUGGGCGUUUUGUCCUCGACCGAUGGAACUUACUAGAGGGCUACGAGCCCAAAGACCCGACCAAGAUAAUAACCCCCGAAUUCAUCAAUGAGGAUCUCGAUUUCGGCAACGUCGAGAUGUUCAUCACAACCAUUUCGCACACAUCGGCUAACGCAGCAGCAAGGAAAGCGCUGACAAUAGGCGGGUCGCGUACAAGCACAGGCGGGGUCGCACUUUCCAGCGACCAAAUAACCAAACGAGGGAUCAAAAACGCACGGUCGGCAUUCGAAGCGCUCACAACAAACGCGGACAUCAUGACUGGAGUUCAGAACAUGAUGCGCAACGCAGGAGUACACCGCGUGUGGAUGAUCACCGGCAUUCUUCUAGUGAGCGAUGGGCGCGUCAAAACAAAUGCCUUGAAAGCGAGCGAAGUUAAUUUCAAUGCCGCGGCACAGUUCCCCACGGCUGCGGCGGCUGGGAUAAGCCCUGUGGGGCUGGAGGCGCUCGACGUUGAUGUGGCGGAACUAUCUAUCAAGAAGAAAAGAAAUGCCGAAGCUGGCUUGGAGGCGGAUUUGAUGGGAAGGCGCGUCUUUGCGGUGCAGUAUUGGCGGUGUGAUCACCCUCGUUGGAAGCCGCAGCAAUUGCUGGGUCAAUGGAGAGGGCAGAUGACGCUACGUGGGAAGGGACUUCAAAAGGUUGAUACGGGACAUAUGGGGCUGGGGGAGUCGGAAGAUGAAGAUGAUGAAGACGCAGAUGCAGAUGCAGACUGGGAGUCCCAAAGUCUUGUGCUGGGGAGCUCUGAAGAGCUUCCCGAUGUCAAUGUAUGA